GGGAAGGAUCAACUGCAACUCAUUGACAAGCGAUGCAAAUCUCAAACUUGGCAUCCCUCCUCUCCUCCUCUUCUUUUUCUUCUUCUUCCUCCUCUUCCUCCUCUUCUGAAUAUGGCUCUCGCUUCAUUUAUUUGUGCGCAUCAGCCUGCCUAUGAAUAGUUUUGUCGCUCAACUGAAAGCAUUUCUGGAGGCUAGACUUCAUACUUACAGUAUCAAACAAACUUGGUGAAUGAAUAGUGAGUUUGCAAGCUGCCGGACGGGUUUUUUUCCCUUUCCUUUUCUUCUUUCUUUUUCUUUUUUUUUUUCUUUUUUGUUUUUUUGAAGAAUAACCAGUCAGUGGAUGUUUUACAGUGCAGCCGGAUAGGGUCGCCGAGUGUUUCUUUCCUCCCCGCUGCACACCGCUGCUACCUGGCGAGAAGAUUUGGAUUAAGACUAAUGAACUGGGGGUAAAUAAUCUCCACGGGACCGUUUUGCGCGCUGAAAACCGACUUAUUGUCUCGCUGUGGGAUUUUUUUUUAAUACUAUAUAGAGACACACACACCCCGGGAGGCUGACAGAAAGCGAUGUCUGCCCGUGGAUACUUUGACGCUUUUUCCAGAUGCACAGUCCUUUUCUCUCUGAGGAUUUUGCUUCUUUUGCCCGCAGGGUUGCCAGUCCGCAGCCAAGGGGACUCUCAAUCCGACAACAAAGUGAUGGACAAUAUCACUGUCCGACAAGGAGAGACAGUCUUUCUCAGCUGUGCACAGGGGGACAUUGUCACACACACAGCCUGGCUAAACCGGUCGAGUAUACUGUAUGCCGGGGAAGACAAAUGGUCGGUGGAUCCCCGAGUGAGUCUGGUGACCCUUAAUCAAGAGGAGUUUACCAUCAAGAUUGAAAAUGUGGACAUGACAGAUGAAGGGCAGUAUGUGUGCGCUGUCCAAACGAGCAGUCGACCGAGAACCACCUCAGUGUACAUCCUCGUCCAAGUGCCACCAAAAAUCAUCAACUUGUCAAAAGACAUUGUGGUAAAUGAAGGCGCCAACGUCACCCUGAUGUGCCAAGCCAGCGGUAAACCAGAGCCUUCGAUCAGCUGGAAAUUCCUCUCUCCUUCAGGGGACCUGACAUCAGAUGAUGAGUACCUGGAAAUCCCAUCUAUCUCCAGACAGAGAGCAGGGACUUACGAAUGCACAGCUGUCAAUGAUAUCGACACAGACGUCCAGACUGUAGACAUAACCGUCAACUAUGCUCCAAGUGUGUUAGAGGGCAGAGAUGUUGGAGUGACUCUGGGCCAGAGGGGAGUGCUGGAAUGUGAGGCCAACGCAGUGCCUGAGGCAGAUUUUGAAUGGUAUAAAGAUGACAGAAGGAUUUUCAAUGGCUUUGACGGCAUGGAAAUUGAAAUUUCUGGAUCAUUGUCCACGCUGACAUUUUAUAAUGUCUCUGAGGGAGAUUAUGGCAACUACACCUGUGUUGCCAUCAACAAACUUGGGAGUUCAAACACAAGUUUUCUCCUGUAUGAGGUAAUUGAACCCACUAGCUCAACACUAUUGCAAGAGAGGUCACCAUCUCUUUUAGAUGUGACCUCGUCUCCUCUUGAAAAGGCUACUUCUGACGCCUAUACAAUACAGGCAGGACCGAGAGCAGUUCAAGAUGGGAGCGGCGGCGCAAUGGGAAUGCACUCACACACCUGUCUCCUCUUCAUAGUGUUUCUGCCGUUCCUGCUCAGAUUUUGAAGAGCAAUGGGUUUGAACAGAGUGUUUUGUGUGUGUAUGUGUGUGUGUGCGUGUGUGUGUGCGUGCGUGUGUGAGUGAAUGCGUGUGUGUGCUUUUUUUUUUUUUCCCCCAACUGGAACCAUAAACUGAUGCACAUGAGGUGUGCAUGGAGUAUCCUACUACAUAAUGAUGUUGACCCACUAAAUAAGUAUGUAACAUUUUUUUUUGUUGUUGUUGAUUUUUAGAUUUCAAUGGUGUAACAAGUGUCACAUUUUAUUUGAAUUAUGUUGAGUAUUUUUCUCUCUAAAUUAUAUUAUUCUGAAUUUUCUCUGUUUGUACAUCUUAGAAACAGACUUUCUAAAUGUGGUGUCUCUUUUUCGAAUUGUUUUGUCUUAAUUUUUAACUGCAUUGGAUAUUCAUCUCAACUCCAGGAGAAGUUGAAUUUACAGAAAGUAUGAGAGGUGAAUAUUAAAUACCUCAAAGUCAAACAGAGACGGUGAAGCAGAGGAACUUAGGUUACCCUGAGGCUGGAAGCCUGGUAUUAUCAUAUUUUAAUGUAUAGUAAUUAUAAUUCAGUACGGUUGUUGAAAGCUGAAAUUGCUUUUGACCUUCAAAUAUUUUUGUUCUCAGCAUUAUAGUGAUAUAUUUUCAGUUGUUAUGCUAAUCUUUUUUGUUUUGUUUUGUUUUGUUUUUUGUUUUAACACAUAUUUUUGAGAAGGGAAAAUAUAAAGUUGUAAUUAUUUAGGCAAAUAUCGUAGUUUUAUUUCCUUGUGGGUUUUUUUACAAGUACAGUUGUACAAAAAAAAGGUGUGAAGAAUAAUGUUAUAAUUAAGUAGUUACAGAUGGAGGAAAAGACUCCUCCACUGACGUGGAGUCAACAUCAGACUUAAGUAAUGCAAAUUUAUUAAUGCAGUUGCAACUUGUUUGAACGUUUUAAGUACUAUUUUUUCAAACAUGCCAUUUAUGCACUAAGCAGUUAUUUUAGAAAAAAAAAAAAAAGUUUGUUUAACUGAACCAGCACUGGUGGGUCAGAGACCGUUCAGUGAAUAUAAUGUUAACAAAAAAUAAACACACGCCCCGCAUGCAUUUAGACACAAUAACCCAAAGACUGAAACAGUUUAUACUCCACAGUACUUUCAUAGGACUGCAUUUUUCAUUAUCAACACAGAACAAAUAACAAAGACAUACAUUAAUGCACAGUCAUAUUUUCAGAGUAUUGUCUUUUCAGUUAAACAGUGCACCAAGGAUGUGACAAUGUUAUGUUUUAAUAUAGGUAAAGGAAUCGUGGACAAUAUCUAAAGUAAUGGAUACCUUUAAACCAAAACUAUGCGUGACGAUGACUGUAAAAUGCUAAUCAGACGAUGAUAUCUUAAGCUCUUGCAGAAGAUAAUGGAAUUGCAGGCUGACUGUGUGUGAGAGCCAACUGCAAUAAGCUAGAUGGGUCAGAGGAGCCAGGAAUAACAAUACAGCAAGUCCAAGCAAACAGUGACUGCUCUUAUGAUUUCAGCUAUUAGCUUGCAUUAUCAGAAAUGGCAGGAAAUAUUAAAAAAAAAAAAAAAAAAAAGACAGCCUAAGAAAGUCAGAACAGUCGUGUCCACAAAAAUCAUGUCCCUGUUUGUGUUUUAUCAUGGAUAAAGAAGUACAUCAAUGCAGAGUACCACCGGCAUGUUGAAAAGCAGCAUUACACAAAAUCUAGUUACCAUUUAUAGAAUCAUCAAACAAAAAGCAAACCUCUUGUACCAUAUUUUCUUCAUAAGCAUGGCGACUUUCUGCAACAAUCAGAAACCUCAUGGCACAACAUGGCAAUAGAAUAAAGCCAGGAAUCUCUCUUUCACUCUUUUUUUUUUUUUUUUUUUUUUUUUUUUCUGGCAAGCAGUUAACACCAACUGCCACCCUACACUCAGGUUUCCUAGCGGUGGCUGAGUGACAAUGAAAAGACAAAAAAAGCAAGAUUUGAUACAUGCUACUUGUUUUUAAUGUGGACUACAGAAUAAAGGAGAGCAUUUUUAAGACGUUGUGCAUCUCUUACAGAAUUGUCGAUGCACUUGAAACAAACAUCUAUUGACUGCUGGCCACUAUUAGAGUUGCUCUGAGAACAUCAAUGGAUUUUGUGCAGCCCUAAAGCAUCUGCAGGCUUUCAUUACAACAUAACAUCAAACAGGAACAAUGUAUUAAAAACAGCUUUGUAUAUGUACGUGUAUGUGGGUGUGUGUGUGUGUGUGUGUGUGUGUGUGUGUGUGUGCGUGUGUGUGUGCGUGCUAAGUGGUGGAGCAGUGAUGCGAUUCUUAUGAUCUUACAGCUGAGAUUGAGUGUGUUUUCACAUAUGGUUACUUUUAAAUGAAGUGAACUCGGUCCACUUGAAGCAGGCCUAAUAGCAGAACAAGAAAGAAGGGACUCGGCGCCACGCGUUUUCCUCGCUCUCAAAAGAAAAUUCACAUCUUUUCCCGGCUUGUCUCGGCUCUGAUGAGGUCCCAGUCCAUCAUCCGUGCUCACCUCGAUUUUUCUUUUGAACUCAGCUCUUUUUCCGUCUGUUUUCAAUAACAAGGUUUGCGCUCCUUGAUCGUGAAAAGGCACCGGCAUCAGAAUCAAAAGGCAUGAAAGAGAUAGGACCAUUGUUGAAAUUGAUUAGGGAAAUUGUUAAGAUGAAUCUGACCGGCUGAUUGUGGUUUAUUUCCAUACACAAGACAAGGAGACGAAGACAAACACUUCUGACCAUUAUUCAGCUCAAAUGAAAAUGACAUCACAGUAAUUUUUGCCUCGAGAUUCUCCACAUUUUAUCACUAAUCGGUGUUAUGUAUUCAUUUGAUAAGAUGCCAGAGCUGGACCUCAGAAAUUAACUAACAACUGAGCCCUGUAAAAUGGCCUCACAGCUAGACAGUAAUAAAGGCAGACCACCUGUUAAGGGGUCUGCAUCGAGGUCACAUCAGAGGAGUCAAAGUGUGUUACGGGCAGUUGUUGUAAAUACACGCCGAGUCCCCAGUGAAAGUCUUAUUGAUCCGGCUUCAUUUGAAAGGUUGAAAUGUGAACCAUGUGUGACAACACCAUGAACUGCUUAACAAAUGCCUGUAAAUAUCAUAGACCAACACAGACGUUUUGUUCAUUUUAGAAUUUACAGCCCUCCAUACAUACACACACACACACACACACACACACACACACACACACACACACACACACACACACAUAUUCACACACACUCACACACAUAUACACAUGCACAUACAAGCCACAGACUCUAUCUUGGUGAGACAAUUUCUUGUAUAUUUCUGCCUAUAUUUCUUUUGUAGAACAGCCAAGCACACAUUGUAAAAAAACAAAAACAAAAACAAAAAAAAAAAAACUGGGUCAUUUAUUUUUUUACUACCUCUGAGCAGUUGUUCAGCAAUUUGCCCAAUUACUCAACUGCACAGCAAUUACCACCUUCUAAUAAUAUUCAGAUCUCGUCAUGGAUGCACAUCUGUGUGCACUGUAAUGACAAUGUAAGCGAGGCAUGUUCAGAGAAACCUUUGCUACGCCACACCACUGCUGGUAAUGCUCUCUCAAGGAUGAGUAUUGCUACUCCACAGACUUCUUUAAAAAGGACAGUGCAGACGGCUGAAUGUUUGCAUUUUACCGUUUCCUCCUAAAUACUUGUGAUAUUUGUGUUGGUUUUAAUGUCACAUAUCAAAUGCAACACGGUUGAAUUCCAUGAGCCAAGCACAUCAUUACUAAGGACAAACCCAUGUUAAAUGCUCGACUUUGAUUAAAGGGAUUACCUUUAGAAGGGGAAGGGAUUUGUACAAACCAGUGGGGCUGUUGACAAAAUAUAGCAUGUGUUUCUUUGAAGAUGAAAUAAAAAAUGAAUUUUGAUUCAAGGGCAUUAUUUGUUUCAGACUCAAUCAGAAAUAAGGUGGGGGGGUUGUAUGGCUGACUGACUGCAAACCCACCUAAAAAUAGAAAUGCCAUAUGGUCACUAUGGCUGCGAUUCAGAGUUUCGUCUGCACUGAGCAGCACAGACAGCAGAGACAUCAGUCUUCUUGUUAGUAUUAAAGAGGAAUACCGCCAAAUUUUAAUAUUAAAAUGCUGUUUUUAUUACCUUUGGAGAGGUCUGUCGUGACAGAUAAGAUUUUUCCUGUUAUAUGCACUGAAGCACAGAGCUGGAGAAGUGUUUUUUUUUUUUUUUUUUUUUUCCUUUUUUCUUUUUUUGGAGUGAGAUUGACAUGACCCUCAACUGGAGCAGUGUUGAGUCAAGGGGCAGCCUGAGACCACAUGGGAAUGAAGUGAUCUCUACACUGCAUCCUCUAUAGUAUUUCUAAGUGGAAAUAAACAGUGAACACAGAAAACGCUCGCCCCACCAUAUCACAUUUUUCUCCAUUUUCAGGCUCAGUGUUCGAUUUCAGUGCAGCUUAAAGCGAAGUUGCAUCUUCCUUUCCUUGGUCUGGACUCGGUGCUGUUCCAAAACACUUUUAAGAAGAGGAGACGUGGAGAAAACGUAUGAAGGCGGCUUCUUAAAGGCUGAGUUUGACAUAUCUUUUGACCUGAGGUUUUUUUGUAUUGCUCUCGAUGCAUCACAGACGGUGGCAGCCUCCAUUUUAGAGAAACUGGCUUGUAAAGCAGAAUACACAAAAUUUAGUGAUAGUGAAGUAGUGUAGGCUAUACGCCGUAUGCUUCCAGUUGCACAACGGAGUUAUUUGGGAAAUUAGGGCUUGUUCAGCUGAGAAAACUCAUAAGCUUUUUAGUUUGUCUGCCUCUUGUCCUGUUGUUAUCUGGACUCAUAUCCUCCAUUGUACUGCUUGAAGGGAAUGCCAGUCGCACCCAGUUUAAUAAUUCUUCUCCAGUUCGCUGCCUCAGAAAGCAGUACAGUGUUUUGCUUAUGCAACAGAUCUCUCAAAAGGUAAAAUUAUAUUGAAAAUUGACUUUUCCCUUCUGUACACUCUUUGAGCAACUGCAUAUUAGAUGCAACAAGGCCAGACACGACUUUAAAGAGAUGGCUGGUGCAGACAUGCUGAAGUUAAACAGACAAAUACCACAGUUUAAAAAAAAAUAUCGCCUCACAUACAAACAGUAAGCCAUCCCAGAUCAGUUGGAUUUUGCACAGGAUUAAAAAGUCAUCACUCAUGCUGUCUUAUCUGAGCAACCGCAAAUGUUCCUAACCCGCCACAUGUCCUAGAUUGAAAGGCAUGUGUCUUUUUAAAAGGAAUGAUCAAGAAACGCUGAAAAUCCCAGUCAGCACUAAUUUUUAAUGAUGAAACGAAAACUAGGCACAAGAUCUUGCAAAUUGACAGCUGAAAUACCUCUGAUCUGCCAAUGAAGUUCAGUGGUAAGAAACUUCACGUCUUUUCUUGGGUCUAAACGCGUGACUUCAGUCAGCUAACUCUGAAUCACAGCCCUUGAAAAAUUUCAUAUUUUGGCUGCAGCACUGCAUAUUUGUGUUGAUAUGACCAAUCCUAUUGUCUGUUUGAAGACUGCUUAGGGAUUUCUGGACUCACUCUCUGUCUAGCCAAGCAAACAGGGGCUAAGGUAGAAGAUUUGCCGUGGGUAGAUUCAAUAAAAGUUUCAGAUUUUUUAUUUAUUUUUUUUUUUCCCGCUCCGUGUCUCCAGACAUGCAAGACAGGAGCGCUGUCUUUUAAGAAAGUUUUAAUUUAAGAGAAGAUGACUGAGCUUGUAUUGCACCUACCCUGUAUUGAUUUUCGGUGUUUUGUGACAUUUGUUCGAUAUGCAUUGGAGUGUACAAGAGAUUAUUUUGGAUGUAAACUUGAGUUAGACAUGAGAAAAUCAAACCUUUGUCUCAACUGCCAGGGGAUUAUCAUAGCAGACGCAUGAAGUAGUCUCAUGAUCUGUUGAAAUUUUCAUUUUGGAUGACUGACAUUAAUUCUGCCCUUUGCCUAGUUACAAGUUCACAGGGCUCUCUUGAUAAUGGAUUGUUCCAAAGUGGAGGGGAAUUAACAAUAUUUGACUCCCUGCAGUGUAAAGGAUUGUUGGUUCAUAUGUGUUUUCUUUAUGAAAAGUGUGUGCUCAUAUUUAAGACUGACAAUAAUAAAAUGUUGUAUCUUAAUGUCA